CAGACAGUGACGUUUCAGAUCGUUCUGAAAAACCCUUCUGAUAAGAAAACCAUUCGACCGGCAGUGGGAGCUGGCGGAAGAUUGAGCAAGGGCGUCGUUUUGUGUCUGCACAAAGAGCUGAGCCAGGGUGCCCUGCUUGAAGACUCGGCCGUUGUCAGUGGCAAUCCGACCGCAACAGAGGACAUCAGUGGCCAAUUUCUUUUGAGCAGCUUUGUGGGCAAUGUGGAGGAGUUGCAAACGAGUGUGAGAAAAUGGCAGUCGACAAGUCUUUUGUGGAGCUUCCGAACCGCAGCCUUGCAGCAAGGCGACCAUGCUCAAUACCACGAGCUCUUGGAUGGCAUCGUAGCGGCUGGUGCCUUUGAGAACAAUGAACAGAGCUUGGGCUUCACGGCCACGCAACAGCAACUGCCUUUGCUUCGAGAACUCCAAGGGCUGGGUCUGGCUUCGAGCGCUGGACGUGAAGACAUCCGCUGGCGUUUGACAGAGAGCGGCGUCAGAAAUCUGACAACGUGCGCAAGACUGCAGGAUCCUGUGAGGCUCUUUCAGCCUCGGGAGCUCCCGAAGCUAGAAGAUUGCACGCAGUAUGAGCUUAUACUGGCCAUGCAAGAACAAGGGUGGGAGUGGCAGCUGUGGGUGCCACCUUCACGCAGGACUCGCAGAAUGGCUCUUGCUGGUCGUACUUUCGAGGAGUACAAGCCUGGAAACCCCAAGGUGUGGUAUUCGAAUGAAAGCCCAUCGCAGUCCUAUCUCCUUGUUCUCUUGCAAGCAGAGCGACUUGUGGCAGCUGGACUCCCUGCCGUUGCUCACGACCGUGAUGACAAAGCUUACAAGGCGAUCUUUCGAGGAGAUUUUACCGAGGAGCUUGCGAAACGAGCAGAUAUACCGGCGGAAGUUGAUGCACUCGAAGACUUGGAGGAUGAUGGUGGUGGUGUGGGCGACGUGCCACACCUAGGGGAUGAUCCAUCUGAGCCAGUGGCAUUGCAGGCUGAGAAUGAGCUCCCUGAUGAAGCGGCAGUUUCAGAUGACGAGCUUAUUGCUGAACUAGAGAAGCUCUUGGAGGAGCAAGACCAAGAGAAUCUUCAAGACGUAAAUGCCGAGGGCAAUGGAGACGAACCUGAACACGUGGCGGUGGGAAAUCCGGAAGAGGAUGGGCUGCCUCGUGACGGCCCUGCAGCACCUGCGUCUGUAGAGGCAGCUCCUACAGCGGCUCGCCAUGCGCCAGCCAGAGGAGCUCGAGCAGUCCCACCAGUGGAGGGGCCGGAACUCGAACGUGGUUUUUUCGGGAUAUUCAAGAUCUCGAAGAAGAGUCAAGGCUUCGGGGGCUACCAAGCGAAUUGCCCUCAGACUUUGGGAGAGACCCUCUCCCACAACUUGAAGUAUCUUGCAGAGAUGACAUCGACGGUGCCGAACAUGGGCCAGGACACUGGCCAGGCUCUUGAGGCUCUGAGUGGUGCCCAGGUCGUUUUGACAAGCUCGUACUCCGGAACAGGCUGCUUUGAGGGAGUCUUCCAUCAAAUCAUGAAGCAGUUGAAGCAGACGUUUCCUGACUCGAGUGCUGGCGUGGCAUGCCAUGCGGCCACUGACAUUAACUCAGCGGCUCAGAUGUGUCUCUCAUCUCACAAGUCGUGCAUCCACCAUGUUUUCGGUGACAUUCUUGGUAGGGUUCCUCGAAGCUUUCAGCAACCUUUGAAGGACAUCGAAAGCAGUUACCUUGCUGAGUUCAAGUUUUUGCAGACGGAGCUGAAGUUGGGUCAGCUCACCAAGCCGGAGUUUGGGGUUGGAAAGCGAAAGCUGGAGCAAGGGUAUGUGCGCAAGCUGAAGUCGGAGUUGAGCCAAAUAGAGUUCAACGACGCAGAUUUCUGUCUUGUUCACCAAAAGCAGUGCUACAUUUCUCCACGGCAUGACUCGCGCUUUUCACAUGCAUAUUGGAUCGAGGCCUCUGGGAACACAUGCUGUCCUUGGAGUCGUAUGGGGGGACAGAAUGGGUGGUUGGACGUUGCCACUUUGCCCUUCCUUGUAUGGUGUUAUUCCACUCGGUUCUUCGAGCCUGAUUCGAUCUUGCAGGAGAACGUGGCGUGUUUUCCGGAGGAGGAGAUGUUCUCCAUCUUCCAGGAGAGCGGUGCCGAUGUCUUGAAGGACCUCGAGGCUCGUCCGUUGCACCCACUUGAGUCUGCUGGGAAGCUCCAGAGACAGUAUAUGAUGCAAUCAAAAGUGUUUUCGCCCACGGACCUUGGCAUCCCGUGCAAUCGUUUGCGGAAGUACACUGCAAUGCAUCUUAGUCCUUGGGUCAAGUGCCGAUUUGGGAUUUCGUUUGAGAAUCUCUUCUUUCGAGAGCUACGUGCAGAUGCAAGCAUCUAUCUAAAUGGUGUGCCUGCAGCUGAGCAUGGCAAAGAGGUUUUGGACAGGCUCCGUGCCUUCGGCAGGGAGGCAGCAGCAGGUCGUGUCGAUUCUGAUUCCCAUGCCUUGAGUGCCGGGGAUUCUGCUCGCCUAGAGUCUUGGGUGCACUGGGCCGGUAAGCAAGGCUUCCUGGACGAAACAGGCUGCUGGCGGCCAAAGUUUGCAUUGGCUGAUGUGACACAGAAUGCACAGUUUCGGCAAAGGUUGUGCGUGGAAGCGGCAAUGCCGCGCUUGCUGACGCACACACUGUUGUAUGACCUCGUUUCAGGGCGACUUGUCACUGCCUGCUCACACUGGCUGGCACAGGGCUUUCCUCAUCCUGCUGGCAGGGGCGUGCAACAGCAGCUGAUAGCUGCUUUUCCUUUUGAU